UAUAAGCCAUUGAAGCUCUAGGCUUACUUUUCUUGGGGAGAGAGAAAGAGAACGAAAACACAAGAAGUUCUAGAGAGAGAGAGAGAAAGAGAGAGAAGGGAGAGAAAGAGAGGCUGAGGGCUGUUUGGCUUCGGGACUUUGAGAGACACGAGAGCUAUGGCCAUGGCUGAAUCUAACGAUUUCGUUUCCGUUGAUAUGGAGAGGAUCUAUCUCGGUGGAAAGGAACAUGUAAUUAAAACUGGCCGUGGCAAUGUGUCUGUUAUCGUCUAUGGGGACCAAGACAAGCCAGCUCUUAUUACUUAUCCUGAUUUAGCUUUAAAUCAUAUGUCUUGUUUCCAAGGAUUAUUUUUUUGUCCUGAAGCUGCUUCUUUGCUGCUCCACAACUUUUGCAUAUACCACAUCAGUCCUCCUGGCCAUGAGUUAGGAGCUGCUCCAAUUUGCCCAGAUGAUCCUGUGCCUUCUGUUGAUGAUCUAGCAGACCAGAUCAUUGAAGUUCUCAACCAUUUUGGGCUUGGUGCCGUUAUGUGUAUGGGAGUAACAGCGGGUGCUUAUAUCCUUACCUUAUUUGCCAUGAAAUAUAGAGAACGUGUUAUUGGUUUGAUACUUGUAUCUCCACUUUGCAAAGCACCCUCUUGGUCUGAAUGGAUCUAUAAUAAGGUCAUGUCAAAUUUGCUAUAUUUUUAUGGCAUGUGUGGGUUACUUAAAGAUUGUUUGCUGCAACGGUAUUUCAGUAAGGAAGUUCGUGGUAAUGCGGAAGUCCCAGAGUCGGAUAUAGUUCAAGCAUGCAGAAAACUGCUGGAAGAGAGGCAAAGCAUAAACGUUUUCCGGUUUCUGCAAGCAAUUAACGGGAGAUCUGACAUUACGGAAGGCUUGAAGAGGUUAAGAUGUCGCACACUCAUUUUCGUUGGGGAUAGUUCUCCUUUUCAUUCCGAGGCACUCCAUAUGACCGCUAAAUUAGAUAGGAGAUUUAGCGCAUUAGUAGAGGUCCAGGCUUGCGGGUCAAUGGUAACUGAGGAGCAACCACACGCAAUGCUGAUACCUAUGGAGUAUUUCCUUAUGGGCUAUGGGUUGUACAGGCCUUGCCAGUUCAGUGACAGCCCAAGGAGCCCACUCAGUCCCUCCUGCAUCUCCCCAGAGCUCCUCUCUCCAGAAAGCAUGGGGUUGAAGUUGAAACCAAUAAAAACCCGAGUUUCACUUGGGGUUUAAUGUGGAAUGGAAAACAGAUAGAUUUGGAAAUACUGUAAACCUUACGUGAUUCAGAGGAGAAAAAAAAGGUUCAUUUUUUUUUGUUCGUCAAUUUUUUGAUUAUUUAAGAAGGGUAGAAACUGUUGGUUGGAGGGGUUGUAGAUAAAGAAAAAGAGGAUUUGAAGGGAUAAUUAUAUGUAUACACACACACGCUUAGGGAGUAAAGUUUUCAUUCAUUCAUUUGUAGUCAGUCAUAAAAGGAAUCAUUGAGCUGUCUGUAAAUUAUACGAUGGACUGAGAAUAUAUGUUUAUGUUUAUGGUGACGAGCAAUCAAUAAUAGAGAGAUGAACUCCCCCCAUUAUUAUUUGAA